UCCUGUUCACAAGUUUAGAUAAGACCUCUUAAUUUAUAUUGAUGUCUUCUUGAGCAUGUGAAUGUUUGCAACUGUAGUUGUGUAUUGGGCCCCUUAAAUGUCAUUGGUGUAAAAUUAUUCAUUUUAACAACAUACCGGUGGAAAUGGCUUGGAAAUGCAGAAGUGCUUUGUCUGGUGAACAGUGGGCAGUUCAAUGGCUGAAGACAAACAAGGCACUUACGAACAACUAUCACAAAACAUUGAAACAGUUGUUGAUCGUAACUUUGCACAGUAUUAUAUUCCAGCAUUUGUAGAAGUUAUACCUUGACCCAUCCUUAGCCUACGUGUUUCCCUAAAGUUUCUUAGUUAAGUUUUGUAGUCAUACGUCUGUCAGGAUGUUCUAGACUUAUUAUCACUGUUGACAGUUCACUCCGCUUGUAGCCAUCACUGUGCAAAACGCUUGCUUACAUUUCAGUCUACAAAUAUAAUUUUGACGUUGUAAUGCACCCAAUGUUUGGACAAAUUAUAGCAGUGAUACAGCGAAAAGUUGUGCUAAAUAAAAGACUGACACUGUCGACAGGGCCAUUUUGAGUACUAUGUGCUGCAUCUUUUGGUGGCUCCCCUUUUUCUGAUUAAAUUAAUUACCUUUUAAAUAUAAGUGGCGUGGGGCGUUUGGUACAUCAUGUUGUGAGUUUAAACACUCAUUUCGAAAUUAUGUAUAGCUUGAUAGCAUAUCCAGGGUUCGAGAUUGCAAUUUUGAUUAUUUUUACAAGAUGGCAUGAGUCCUAUCGAUGCGAUUUUAUCUAUUUCUGAAAUGUUUCUUUUAUAAAGACCACUGCUCUCUCACGUAGCGCACGUAACGCUGUGAAGUAGCCCCUGUAUAGAGUGAAUAAUUGAUUGUCAAGCAAUGGAUGUCAACCAAUUCAGCACCACUGCCAUGGACAGCACCAGUUAACGUCAUAUGUAAAGAAGUGUAAACUGUUAUUCGGGGAACAACACUGUAAAAAAAUGAAGCAUGAAAUUAAAACAACUUGGUAUUGCAAGUUAAUUCAACCUCCUGUUUUAAGUUUUUAUUAUUCGUCUUAUUGAUUUUUUAUUAUUAAAUGAUAUUAACUAUAUUAACUACACACACGUGUGUAUGUGUACAUAUGUAAUUCCAUCUGAUACCAUUGGAAACUGUAUGAACACCACAGUCCAAUAAUAAUAAUGACAAAAUAUAUCUUAUUUUAAACAAGUAAGAGGCUGUGUAAGUGCAUAAGCAGAGUGGUAAGGUCAGAGCACUAACAAAAAAUACAGUGGCAUUUCCCUGAUUGGAUAAAAGUGUCUGCCAAAUACAUAAAUGUAAAUAUAUUAAGAUUGGUUAUGUUUGUUUAAGGAUAAUAAUAAUCAUUCAAAACAUUUUUUUUACUUUUUAAUAAUUUUUCUCCACGGUAAUGUUUCUGUUUGUGUGCUUCUGCGUGGGAAUUUUAGCGCCUUAAAAUCUUUCAAUCUUUCAGAAGGUGUUGUAGAUGUGAUCAUUCUGCACUGCUGUAUUUCGACUCUAAGUGCCGCUGUUCAACUUUGUAUUCUUCUAGUGGCGUUGUUAUCCAUCCCUCAUACAAAACCUAUAGCAGUAGCAUAAUUCAGACAUCAUAAGCGACGACACUAGAUGCUACAUAACAGACCAACACAUCGCUUAUCAGCUUCGCCUCCAGAUUCUCUAAUCUGGAUGAGGCAUUGUGUAGGAAAUAUUCUAUAAUAUUCAUCUUUCGGUUUUUUUGUGCUCAGUCUUUGUUGUGCAAAAAUGGAGUCGGGAGGAAAAGGCUGGGUGUAUGGUUGGCUAUUCUACACAGUGUGCGCGCUCUCUUUAUUUGCGGCUGAAGUGACUGGACAGAUUCGUUAUUCAAUACCUGAGGAAAUGGCAGUGGGCUCGAUUGUUGGAAAUAUCGCCUCGGACCUUGGGCUUGAAUCAAAGAGACUGAUUUCAGGGAAAGCGCGUGUGUUUACCGCGGAGAGCAGUGAGUACAUUGGACUGGACAAAGAGAACGGACAUCUGGUUAUUAAGAAUAAAAUAGACAGAGAGGAAUUAUGUGGAGAGAUAUCCGCAUGUAGUGUCAGUUUUAAUGUUAUUUUAGAAAACCCGUUGGAGCUUUUCCGCGUUACAGUUGACGUACAAGACAUCAAUGAUAACAGCCCCGUCUUUCCGAAAUCGAAAAUUGAAGUUGAAAUCAGCGAAUUAGCGGUGCCCGGUGCGCGCUUUCCAUUAGAGAGCGCAGUAGACCCAGACGUGGGAGUAAAUACGCUGCAGAAAUAUACUCUUCAUCCCACGGAUAAAUUUAAACUGAAUAUCCAAAGUAGUGCUGGUGGUAGCAAACACGUCGAAAUGAUUCUUCAUUCUCCAUUAGACAGAGAGAAAGAAAAGCAUCAUAAUUUAAUCCUGACGGCUUUCGAUGGUGGAAAACCACAAAGAUCUGCAACAGUGCAGAUAAAUAUUGUUGUUCUUGAUGUAAAUGACAAUGCGCCUGUGUUUAGCCAAUCGUCUUACAAAGCAUCCGUUGUAGAAAAUGCUGUUAAAAAUACAGUCGUUACAACAGUAAGUGCGACAGAUGCUGACGAGUCAAGUGAUGGUGUACAGUAUUAUUUUGAGCACGCGACCUCUGCGGUUAAAGCUUUGUUCUCCAUUGACGCGGAUUCUGGUGAGGUUAGAGUUAUAGGUGACAUAGAUUAUGAAAAACACAAGCAGUUUACAGUUAAAAUUAAAGCUAAAGAUCAAGGCGGAUUGACUGACUCGAGUGAGAUCAUUAUUGACGUCAUUGAUGUAAAUGAUAACACACCAAAAAUUACAAUAAUGUCUUUCUCCAGUUCUGUAUCUGAAGAUGCAGCUCCUGGCACGGUUAUAGCAAUGUUAAAUGUUCAAGAUCUAGACUCAGGAGACAACAGUAAGAUUUCUUGUUCUAUUGAUCUGAACUCUCCAUUUAAAAUCAUAUCCUCAAUAACAAAUCAUUACAACCUGGUGACAGAUUCAGAAUUAGACAGGGAACAGACAGCAGAGUAUAAUAUCACUAUAUCCGCUGUUGAUGGGGGUAACCCAGCUCUGUCAAGUAAAGAGAUUUUUAAACUGAAAAUAUCUGAUGUGAAUGAUCACGCACCUCAGUUUGAGCAGGAAUCAUAUAAUGCUUUUAUAGCUGAAAAUAACCCACCAUCUACAACUAUUCUGUCUGUGAAAGCAUUGGACAUGGACUCAGGGCCAAAUGCAAAGAUUUCCUAUUUCCUUAUUGAUGGAGAUUUAAACGGAUCACCUCUGUCAUCUUACAUUUCCAUAAAUUCAGAGAGUGGUGUGAUCUAUGCAGGAAAAUCUUUUGAUUAUGAACAACUGAAAUCAUUCAAAAUGCAAGUUAAAGCUCAAGAUGGAGGCUCACCGCCUUUAUCCAACAAUGUGACUCUUAACAUCUUCAUUCAAGAUCAGAAUGACAACGCUCCUCAGGUUCUGUAUCCUGUUCAAACUGGUGGUUCUGUGGUGGCUGAGAUUGUGCCUCGUUCUGCAGAUGUUGGUUAUCUCGUCACUAAAGUGGUGGCUGUUGAUGUGGACUCUGGACAGAAUGCCUGGCUCUCAUAUAAACUACAGAAAGCUACAGACAGAGCACUGUUUGAAGUGGGUUUACAGAAUGGAGAAAUAAGAACUGUGCGUCAGGUGACUGAUAAAGAUGCUGUGAAACAAAAACUCACUGUUGUUGUUGAAGAUAACGGACAGCCGUCACUCUCAGCUGUGGUCACCAUUAAUGUGGCUGUUGCUGAUAAUUUUCCUGAAGUUCUUUCAGAAUUUACAGACUUUACUCAUGAAAAGGAAUACAACAGCGAUCUGACUUUUUAUUUAAUUUUGGCACUGGCAGUAGUUUCACUGCUCUUUAUAGUUUCAAUUAUUGCAAUAAUUUCAGUGAAAAUCUACAAAUGGAGGCAAAAUAAGUUAUUUUAUAAAUCUGGAGGAAAUCUACCUGUAAUUCCAUAUUACCCACCAGUUUAUGCAGACGGCACAUUACAGCAUGUGUAUAAUUAUGAAAUGUGUGGGACCACUGACUCAAGGAUGAGUGAUGUGAAGUUUGUCAGGCCCUACAGUCAGAACACACUCGUGAGCCAGAGUCAUAUGGGGACAGUACAGAGAGAACAGAAGAUACAAGAGAAUGAUGACAUUAAUUCAGAGGUGAGAUGUUCAAAUGUCUCUUUUUGA